UGCCUCAAUGCCGUCUAUGCUAUCAAACAAGUCCACUUCGGACACAAUAGCGUCGAUCGGUGAUAUGCAGUCCACGGAAAUACCUACAACGCAUUCCCCAGUCAAAAAACGUGCAUCAGCCGGCAUUGUUUGUGUUUUUGGCCGUGCCUGGGACGUUCCCUUGAGCACAGAAGACAUUGAGCCCUGUGACCACAUUGUAUUUGCCGAGUUGCUCGGCAAAGGGCCGUCAGACGAUAUCUGGAGUGACAGUAACUACAAGCUGGCCAGCGAGGUGAAUACGACAGCCGUCUACCUCGGUGUGUGGAGCCACGAGAUACCGCGUGACCAAGCAGAUGACUUUUACGACCUACUAAAAAGUGAAUUCCCUGAGUGGAAUGCCUUCUGUCUCUUAAGUAUACCUUUAGAUACGGGAAAGAUGGGAUGGGAGGAGGUGCGAAAGAUAACAAAGACAGACGGACUCAAGGAGCGGCUCAAUCGCACGUUGAUAGAAGUGCUGUCUAUAUACGUUUCUGACGACCACAUUGAUUGGGACUAG